GAAGUCCUCUCAAUAUAUACCAUCACUCACCAAGCAAAUCUAAGCUCCUUACCUUUAAACCCAUCCAUCUUCUACCCUUCGCAACCAUGGCUUCUCGUCUCCUUCUCCUCCCCUUCCUCCUCCUCCUCCUUUCCUCCAUUGCCGCCGCCUCCUCUCCCCACAAAGGAAAGCUCAAAGAGAAACUCAGCCACCUCCACUUCUUCUUCCACGACGUCGUCAGCGGCAGCAACGCCACCGCCAUGCGGGUCAUCCAACCAGCCGGCGCCCUUGCCAGGUCUUUCUUCGGCAUAGUAACUAUAAUGGACGACCCGCUCACGGAGGGUCCCGACCCAAAUUCCAAGCCCGUGGGUCGGGCUCAGGGCAUGUACGCCGCGACGGCACAAGAUGAGCUGGGCUUCCUCAUGGCCAUGAACUUGGCCUUCACGGCGGGGAAGUACAACGGAAGCGUACUUACCGUCCUGGGCCGCAACCAGCCGCUCCACCCCGUGCGGGAAAUGCCGGUCGUCGGCGGCAGCGGGCUUUUCCGCUUCGCGAGAGGCUACGCGCUAGCCCGGACUCAUUGGCUUAAUCUCACCAGCGGUGACGCCAUCGUUGAGUAUAAUGUCCACGUCAUGCAUUAUUGAUAAUUUGUGUUCUUCUAAACUGUUCGGAGUGGGCCCACUAGUUUAUUAAAUAAGUACAUUUAAGUUGGAGGCGAGCGCCUAAAUCUGAAGAACAAACAAAAGUAGUGAUUUUAUUUUUAUUUUAUUUUAAUGUGAAAAAUUAAUUAUUGGCCUUUCCAUUUAUCAUGAA